AUGUGGUGCCCACAUCUCUGGGUCUUGCUGACAGGCUCGACAGGUGUCAUUCACUUCCUUUCCCAUGACAUGACGUUCAUAAUACCUGGUCCUGAUGGUUUGGUCUUGUACGGCAAAGAUUGUUCCUUCCGUUUCCCCUUUCAGACUGGCUCUACUCAGCCAUUGGUAGCUGAAGUUCUUGUCUACACAUGGCUUUUCUACUACUUUUGCAUGCUGACCAUGCAGAGGUUUAUCAUGCCAACAUUGGAGGAAGGUAGCUUGUUGGGUUUUCUUGAUGUCUUCAUGACAUCACAGUCUACCACAUCUUCAAGUGAGGGAUGUCGCCUAGCUGUGAAAGACCUGAACUCCAAAGUUGGCACUUAUAUCAUGAAGGACUCAACUCAGAAAUGGCAGAAACUUGCAUCCAUGAAGUACUUCAGACUCAAACCUGGAACAAAACUUCUCUUUGGAAAUAAAAUUGUAUUCAACAUUUGCAAGCUUCAGCUGCAUGUGACUCAUUCUGCAUUGAAUGCAGAGACAGCUAGAAAAUUGGUUGGUUUGGUCAGUGAGUUGGGAGGAAGCGUGACAAACUUAUGGAUGAAUAGCAUUACUCAUCUUGUACUGGAGAAGAGCACUAUGACUUCAAAGUGCCUGUCGUGCUUGGUGGCAGGGAAACCCAUUGUCACAGUGGACUACUUUUUUGGGAUCCUUGAUGCUGCCAAGCAUGGAAAUGCCCUGCCUGACCCUGAACACUACUUGCCCUUCCCAUUUGAUGGCUUGGUACUUGCUCCAGAAGCAACUACUCUCUUGAAAGUGAACUUAAGACGUCGGACACUCUUCCUUGGGAAAGAGUUCUACUUUAUUAGUUCUGACCAGUUGGCCAAUUAUGCCAAAAUUAUUGAAGCUGCAGGUGGCCAUUCAUCAUUGUUGACAAAUGGUGUUGUAAACCCUGGAGGAAUUGUCAUCCAUCCAAGAUGUAUGCCAAGUGCUGAUGAACAUGUGACUGUCCUGAGGGCUGUACAGGGUAGACUGAAAGAAUCAGGGGAGCGUUUGAUUCAGGAUGCAGAAAUAGGUUUGGCCAUCCUGUUAUGCUCACUGGAGGUGGUGUGCAACCCCAGGGCUACAUCAGAUCAGAUACAAAAGGUGAUGGAAAAGCUGAAGGCUCAAUCAAAUGCCAAUAGUCACUUCAUUGAUGGAGACAUCCAUGAACAGAGUCUAGAAAAUAAACUUGCCAUCCCACCAGCCAAAGUUGUUCAUAAAGAUAUGAAUCAUCUCAAGGAGAGACUUGAUUCAUCUUUCUCAUUAGCUGGUGAAAAUGAGAAAGUAGCAUCACUAGUUCAGAAGAAAAUUGAUGAGAUUUCGGCCCUACAGAAUGAAAAAUCUGCCAAGAUGGUCAAAGUGAAACAUGUGGAGGAUAGCCUGGAUAAAGGACAGUGUGAAAAUGAGACUAUGGCACCUGUAGAUCUGGAAUCACAAUUUAAGUCCAAAACUGCUCAACCAGCACUCAGACAUUCAAUUGCAGAGCCUCUCUUACAUGCAGCAUCAUUAAAUGCUCUUGAUGCAUGUGGAAGUUCUAAAAAGAAGGAAAAAGAUCAAUAUCCUAGAAGAACGGAUAUGAGUGACUUGGAAGAUCCCUUCUCCUUCAAGCAUUCUAUUGGUUCUGGGAAGAAUAUUAACAAGAGAAAUAGAUCUGGUAGUAGUCCAACACCUCCUCUACAUGUUGAAAAGAGAAGGAGAAUGGAUGGAGUGGAGAACUUACACUUCACUUUCCAAGUGAAUGAGAGUAAGGAGAACAAUGGAAAAAGUACAAGAAAGAGAGUGUCUCAAGAUGAUGUUUCUGGUGAAGCUCCCAAAAGAAAUGUGAGCCUCCACAGUAGGAAGCAACAGGUUGACAGAGAAGAAAACCUCUUCUCUUUCAUCAAGAGCCCUCCAAUGUCUAAGUCCCUUGGAAAGGAACGAGGAGGACAAGAUGUGUUUCAUUUUCAUGUUGCUCAAGUGGAAGAUGUCCAGAAACAUACUGUCCAAGGGGAUAGACCAGAGCAACCAAAAGUGCUGUCAACAUCCUGGCUUAGCAUCACAGACAAUAUCCCUGUUAGCUGGAUCUACCAUGUGCCCAAAGGAAGAUCUCAAGAUGAUGUUUCUGGUGAAGCUCCCAAAAGAAAUGUGAGCCUCCACAGUAGGAAGCAACAGGUUGACAGAGAAGAAAACCUCUUCUCUUUCAUCAAGAGCCCUCCAAUGUCUAAGUCCCUUGUAAAGGAACGAGGAGGACAAGAUGUGUUUCAUUUUCAUGUUGCUCAAGUGGAAGAUGUCCAGAAACAUACUGUCCAAGGGGAUAGACCUGAGCAACCAAAAGUGCUGUCAACAUCCUGGCUUAGCAUCACAGACAAUAUCCCUUCAGAGGUUGCAGUGAAGACAGAACCACUAGAAGAAGGGGAUAGACCAGAUGGAGCACUGGCUGCAAUAGAUGUUGAAGUAGUUGUAGUAGCAGACCUUACUCCAGAGAGAUCCUUCACUUCUUCAUAUUCUUCAUCUGCACCACUUUCCAGUGACUCGGGAUGUUCUGUUAACUACAAGAACUUCAGAAAGAGCCAGGUCGCUGCUUCUGUGCCACAUAUGAUGAUUGGGGGAGAUGACCUUGCUGUUGUUCCUGAAUAUGGCAGAAAUGGUGUGGAUGAAGAACUUGUGUGAUGACAUUACCCAUUUCAAAUCAGAAGAGGGAGAUGUGCAUAUUGGCCUAUGUGCUAGGAAAGAAGCCAACUUCUUGCCUGAAGCAAAGCAUUUUUGCAUAAAUUUGAGCUGCUGCUGUAGGUUUGGUGACAUAUGCAAGAAUAUUUUGGCUUAGUGGCAUAAUGAAAUGG